CUUCCGAGACCCAAACCCUUCACAGUUCAGAAAAUCUCAAAGAAAUCCCUACUUCUUUCUCUUCAAAAACCUCUUUCAAGAUGCAGAUAUUUGUUAAGACUCUCACCGGCAAGACCAUCACCCUCGAGGUGGAAAGCUCUGACACUAUUGACAAUGUCAAAGCCAAGAUUCAAGACAAGGAGGGCAUCCCACCAGACCAGCAGAGGUUGAUCUUCGCUGGUAAGCAACUCGAGGAUGGUCGCACUUUGGCCGACUAUAACAUCCAAAAGGAAUCCACCCUUCACUUGGUGCUCCGCCUCCGAGGUGGUAUGCAAAUCUUUGUCAAAACCCUUACUGGAAAAACCAUAACCUUGGAAGUCGAGAGCUCGGACACCAUCGAUAAUGUCAAGGCCAAGAUCCAGGAUAAGGAGGGUAUCCCACCAGACCAGCAGAGGUUGAUCUUUGCCGGUAAGCAGCUUGAAGACGGCCGGACGCUUGCGGAUUACAACAUCCAAAAGGAAUCCACCCUUCACUUGGUGCUCCGCCUCCGAGGUGGUAUGCAAAUCUUUGUCAAAACCCUUACUGGAAAAACCAUAACCUUGGAAGUCGAGAGCUCGGACACCAUCGAUAAUGUCAAGGCCAAGAUCCAGGAUAAGGAGGGUAUCCCACCAGACCAGCAGAGGUUGAUCUUUGCUGGUAAGCAGCUUGAAGACGGUCGGACUCUUGCGGAUUACAACAUCCAAAAGGAAUCCACCCUCCACUUGGUGCUCCGUCUCCGAGGUGGAAUGCAAAUUUUUGUGAAGACCUUGACUGGCAAAACUAUCACUUUGGAAGUUGAGAGCUCUGAUACUAUCGAUAAUGUCAAGGCAAAGAUCCAAGAUAAGGAGGGUAUCCCACCAGACCAGCAGAGGUUGAUCUUUGCUGGUAAGCAGCUCGAAGAUGGUCGGACCCUUGCGGAUUACAACAUCCAAAAGGAAUCCACCCUCCACUUGGUCCUCCGUCUCCGAGGUGGAAUGCAAAUUUUUGUGAAGACCUUGACCGGCAAAACUAUCACUUUGGAAGUUGAGAGCUCUGAUACCAUUGAUAAUGUCAAGGCAAAGAUCCAAGAUAAGGAGGGUAUCCCCCCGGACCAGCAGAGGUUGAUUUUUGCUGGGAAGCAAUUAGAAGAUGGAAGGACUCUCGCUGAUUAUAAUAUUCAGAAGGAGUCCACCUUGCACUUGGUGCUUCGACUCCGCGGUGGAAUGCAGAUUUUUGUUAAGACCUUGACCGGAAAAACCAUUACUUUGGAGGUUGAGAGUUCUGAUACCAUUGACAAUGUUAAGGCUAAGAUUCAAGACAAAGAGGGUAUCCCCCCAGACCAGCAGAGGUUGAUUUUUGCUGGUAAGCAGUUGGAAGAUGGAAGGACCUUAGCCGAUUACAACAUCCAAAAGGAGUCGACCCUGCACUUGGUGCUUCGGUUGCGUGGUGGAAUGCAGAUUUUUGUGAAGACUUUGACAGGAAAAACCAUAACCUUGGAGGUUGAAAGUUCGGAUACUAUUGACAAUGUCAAGGCGAAGAUACAAGACAAAGAGGGCAUCCCACCGGACCAGCAAAGGCUCAUCUUUGCAGGAAAGCAGCUUGAAGAUGGGAGGACUCUUGCUGAUUACAAUAUCCAGAAGGAGUCUACCCUUCAUCUGGUGCUGCGCUUGCGGGGUGGGAUGCAGAUUUUCGUGAAGACCUUGACAGGGAAGACCAUUACAUUGGAGGUUGAGAGUUCUGACACAAUUGAUAACGUGAAAGCAAAGAUUCAGGACAAGGAGGGAAUUCCUCCGGAUCAGCAAAGGCUUAUCUUUGCAGGCAAGCAGCUUGAAGAUGGAAGAACUCUGGCGGAUUACAAUAUCCAGAAGGAGUCUACCCUGCACCUUGUUCUUCGCCUCCGUGGUGGUUUCUGAGCUGGGUUGUGGCUCCCUAUGAUCAAGUCCAUAGUCCUGGGUGGUCCUUUGCUUGUGCUCUUUUCUGUUUUGUGCAUCUGGUUGUGUUUCCCUGCCAUUUCUUAAUGGCUUGUAAUAAUAUUGUUCUGAACUUGUUUUA